AGCGCUCAUCCUUUUCGCCCGAGCUGCAAUGACGUGAAAUUUCGAGUCAAGAAUGUCGGCAAAGUGAAGACAUUUCCGCGCCUCCUCUGUCUCACAAGAGGGGGCCAAGACCGUAGCUCACUUCCAGGCCUUUGGCAGUAUUGAGCUGGAUUUGCAUUAAAUCCCGACUUGCAACAACCCUCGUGGAAGAGCAACCUGCACUGGCAUGGCGUAACGGCUAGCUCCUCCCGCACUGCAGCAGGCUGCUGUCGAGGCGAAUGCUGGUUUUUGGGGAAAGGAGCGACUGAGCUCCUGCAUGGACGACGGCUCUUUGCAUGGCCAUCGAACGCCCGAAUCUUGCGAUCGGAUUCGUCAUCAAGCAAGGACACCAGGCCAAAUCCGACUUCCCAACGUCCACUCUCGUCGAGCGCUGAUCACGCUCAGCGGCGUCUCUUCAACUUGCGUCGUGCUGCCGCACAUCUAUUCCUCGGGCUGCACUGGCCAGAUCCAACUUGAGUUGCGGCCAGCUUGCGCCUCGAUUUGCAGCUUUGAUUUUGCCCCGCAUCUAAAAGCAAGCCUCUUACAGCAAUGCACUCUGUAAAGGCAAAACAUUCCCGAGUCUUUCUGAGGAGGCGAAUGUUGCAGAGUCAAGCCUGGGU